CAUCAAAGAAAAAUCUAAAAAGGCAAAAAAAAAAAAAAAAAACUCCUAUUGGGAGGUAGAAAGGAAGAAGCACGGUUCCUUUGUCCUUAGAACCAAAAAAAGAAACUCUCUGUUUCUAUCUAUUCUUCAUCUUUCCAUCUUUCUUUCUCGCAUUUCUUCUUUAUAAUCUAAGUUUCGGGUUAUUUUGUUAAAAUCUACUUUUUGUGGGGGGUUUUGUUGCAUUUUUAUUUAUUUAUAAUAUAUGAAAAAUUUCAAUCCUUUGUUUCUUUUAAUCAAAUUUUGGGUUGUUCUUUUAUCAUAUCUGGAUCACCCUGGGUCUCCAGUUUUCUGAUUCUUCUGUGUUUAGGUUUUGAAUAAUAGAAUUAAUGUAAAAAAAAAAAAGGAAUGGGAUUUGAGUUAGCUGAUUGGUCUUUGAAAAAUAACUAGUUUCAAUCUUGACUACAAUCCGAUUGCUGAUGAAAUUUGGGGUUUUUCUUGCUUUUAUGGUAUUUUGAGUGGUUUCUUCUUUAAUGGAGCUAUUGGGGAUGAUGGUAAAUUUUGGGGUUAGAAAACGUUGAUUCUUUGUGGAGGAUAGCUAUGGAUGAAGUUGGUCCUAGUAAUCAAGGAGAGCCUCCGAGGACCUCAGAAUCGGGCUCCGAUGAAGGCUCUGCUAUGCGGUGGAGGCCGAGGCAGCUGGUUUUUUGGCCUUACUCAACUAGAAACGAAGCUGAUAGAAAGCUGCGUGUUGUUGUCAGGAGGCCUUUGGUGGCAAGACUGACAAAGGACAUAAUUGAAACGUACCAAAUAUGCAACUCACAAUUUAAAUAUUCAGAAGAAUUGAAUCCAAAGCGGUUUUUGACUAGCCCAUCUGUUGGUGUCCUCAACGAUGGCUAUGACAAUGUGAACUCAGAUCUUAUUCUAACAGUGAAUUUUGUCUUGAUCAGUUUAGAAACACAGCGAAGAUAUAUUGUCAAAGAUGUUCUUGGUCACGGGACUUUCGGUCAGGUUGCUAAAUGCUGGGUCCCUGAAACAAGCAGUUUUGUUGCUGUGAAGAUAAUUAAAAACCAACCUGCUUACUAUCAGCAGGCACUGGUUGAAGUUUCUAUUUUGACCACGAUAAACAAAAAGUAUGAUCCAGAAGACAAGCACCACAUUGUCCGCAUUUAUGAUUACUUUGUAUAUCAACGUCAUUUGUGCAUUUGUUUUGAACUUCUUGACACAAAUCUGUACGAACUUAUCAAGAUAAAUCAUUUCAGGGGUUUGUCAUUGAGCAUUGUUCAGCUGUUUUCAAAACAGAUUCUACGUGGAUUGGCUUUAUUAAAAGAUGCUGGAAUAAUUCAUUGUGAUCUUAAGCCUGAAAAUAUUCUUUUAUGCACGAGUGUCAAGCCAGCAGAAAUUAAAAUAAUUGACUUUGGAUCAGCUUGCAUGGAAGAUCGGUCUGUUUACUCCUACAUUCAGAGCCGGUAUUAUAGAUCUCCUGAAGUUCUUCUUGGAUAUCAAUAUACAACAGCCAUUGACAUGUGGUCCUUUGGAUGCAUAGUUGCCGAACUGUUUUUAGGGCUGCCUUUAUUCCCAGGUGCUUCAGAAUUUGAUCUUCUGAGGCGAAUGAUUAGAAUACUUGGAUCGCAACCCCCUGAUUAUGUUCUAAAGGAGGCAAAAAACGCAAGUAAGUUCUUUAAGUGCAUUGGGAGUACCCACGAUAUAGAGAAUGGUGAAGUCCCCAUUGGUAGCAGAAGUGCUUACCAAGCAUUAACAGAAGAAGAAUAUGAAGCUAGGGAGUUAAAAAAACCUUUGAUGGGGAAAGAGUAUUUCAGUCAUAAGAACCUUGAAGCAAUUGUCACAAAUUAUCCUUACCGGAAAAACUUGCCUGAAGAGGAUAUCAUUAAAGAGGGUCAAAUACGAUUAGCUUUGAUUGAUUUCUUGAGGGGACUAGUUGAGUUUGAUCCAGCCAAACGGUGGUCGCCUUUUCAGGCUUCAAAACACCCUUUUGUUACUGGAGAACCUUUCACAUGUCCAUACAGACCUCCCCCUGAGACCCCUCGCUUGCCUGUUGCUCAAAACAUUAAGGUGGAUCAUCACCCUGGUGGAGGGCAUUGGUUUGCUGCUGGUCUUUCCCCCAAUAUUCCAAACAGGAACAUGGUUGCCUUUCAUAACAGCCCACAUUUCCCAAUGGUGCCAUAUGUUCUUGCAAAUAGCUAUGGCAGUAUAGGAAGUCAUGGCAGCUAUAAUGAUAAUACUGGGCUCGGAAGUAGUUACGGGAGUUACGGAGAGAGUAGUAAUAUGUUUGCAUAUUAUUCACCUGUUGGUCCAUCUGCAAUGAACAUGCAUCCACAGAGCGGUGCAUCAAUGCUUGGAAGUAGUCCUGAUGCUAGAUGGAGAUUUAUGCAUUAUUCUCAGGGGCAAGGACUUGGUGUGAGCCCAUCAGCUGGAAACUUUGCACCACUUCCCCUUGGCACUAGUCCCUCGCAGUUUACUCCUCCAAGCUCCUAUUCAGGUGGCUCUCCUGGACACUAUGGUCCUACUUCUCCUGCAAGAAACAGUUGUCAGGGAUCACCUUUAAGUAAGAUGGCUGCAGCUGGCCAGUUUAAUAGAAGAAAAAGUUGGGGAUAUUCUGGAAGUUCCCAAUCUCAAGAGAGUUCAUCAUCUCCAAACUGGCAAGGACAAGUAACUGAUGGCGCCAUUUCUAGCCAAGCUGAGGGAAACUCUCAGGCGGAUGGUGGUCUCCCCUCUCACUUGCUGUCAAAUUGUAACGCAGCCAACUGGAACCAACAGCUAGGAGUUGGUUCUAAUGUGCAACCGCAGCAUAGCCCAAGAGCAACUCAAGAUAAGUCAGAGACCAGCAUGCCAUUGCUUGAUCCUGGAGAUUGGGAUCCAAAUUAUAGUGAUGAACUUCUUCUACAAGAGGAUGGAUCAGAAGAGGGCUGUCUAUCAGCUGACUUUAACAGAGGAAUGCAUAUUGGUUCGGCUGAUUCAUCUGUUGGAGUUGGAAGAUUCAACCGUCCCUCAACCACAAGCUCAAAUUUAUCAAUUCAAAGACAAAAUGGACCUGUAGGAUUUUCACAUGUAGAAGUGGGCAGCCCUCCUUCAGCUAAUGAUAUGCAUGCUGGAUAUCCUCGUUUUCUGUCUAAGCACUCUCACUUCAUGCCACAUACAACACAAAAUUAUCCUAGCCGUUUGGGGCAGCAAACUGCUCAGCGGUUCAAUCCUGGUAGAUCCACUGGUGCUCGGGGAGGCGAAUGGAAUCACAUGAAAGUGCAGCUCCCUCCUAGCUUUAAUUCUGGGGGCCCACGUUCUCCUGGAAAUAGUACAUUCAGUAAUGGCAUGCCGUGGGGGCGUAGGGCCAACUAUCCCGUCUCAAAUAUUGCAUCAGGUUCUCGUGGAAGAAAGGACUAUGGAAGGAUUGCCUAAUGUCUGAAUCAACUCGGCGUGGGAUUAUGUAUUGGGUGUUUGACAAGAAAUAUGUACUCAAACAGUUCUCACUUAAUUAGUGAGCUCAUUAUAAGCAAAUGCUCAUCUAGACCAUGCUCAUUUAUCGUGCUUUGCAUAAAUAUAAUUUAUAGUGGUGGUUUUGCUUGUCUUUCAA